AUGAGUCCCAGCUCCGAGACCAUUCCAUUUCCCGGCGCCAAGUCGCCCGGCAUCACCGAUGUCACCCGGCACGCCUGGGUUACUUCGGACGACCUCGAGGCCGUCUCGAGUCCCCGUGGAGGUCCGUUUGAACCCCAUGACGAUCACAAUGGCGACUUCGUUACCACCACCGAGAACCGCGACUUGAAGCGCGGCCUCGAGCAGCGCCAUUUGUCCAUGCUGGGUAUCGCUGGUGCUAUCGGAACCGGUCUCUUCCUCGGUCUCGGCGGGGCUAUCCAGACUGGCGGUCCGCUCGGUGCCCUCCUUGGCUACGCCACCAUCGGCCUGAUCGUCUGCGCCGUGCAGUUCGCUCUCGGUGAGGUCUCCGCCUUGCUGCCCGUCACCGGUUCCUUCGUCAGACACUCCGAGUUCCUUGUCGAUCCCGCCCUCGGCUUCGCCAUUGGUUGGAACCUGGUCUACGGUAACAUCCUGUCGAUCCCCUCCGAGAUCACCGCCAUCUGCGUCCUCUUCCAGUUCUGGACCGACCUCAACCCGUCCGUCUUCAUCGUCAUCUUCAUUGUUCUCACCUUCGUCGUCGGCAUCGCCUUCGUCCGUGUUUUCGGUGAGGUCGAGUUCGUCUUCGCCCUCCUCAAGAUUCUCCUCGUCAUUUUCCUCAUCAUCCUGGGUCUCGUCAUCGACCUCGGCGGUGUCCCCGGCACCCCGCGCAUCGGCUUCAGGUACUGGCAGGACCCGGGCCCGUUCGUGGAGCACAUCGCCACGGGUAACUGGGGCAAGUUCCUCGGCUACUGGGGUGUCAUGACGAGCGCCGUCUUCUCCUUUGCCGGUGUCGAGUCGUUGGCCAUGGCCGCCGCUGAGACGCAGAACCCUCGCCGCGCCAUCCCCCGCGCUUGCAAGCGUGUCUUUGCGCGUAUCGUCCUUUUCUACAUGCUCGCUGUCCUGGUUGUCGGUAUGCUCGUCGCCAGCAACGACCCCCGCCUCGACGACGCCUACGGCACCGCCGCGCAGAGCCCCUUCGUCAUCGCCGCUUCCGCUGCCGGUAUUCCCGCCAUCCCCAGCGUCGUCAAUGCUGUCGUCAUCACCUCGGCAUGGUCCGCGUCCAACCAGAGUCUGCUUGCCGGUACUCGUGUCCUGUUCGGUCUCGCUUUGAAGGGCCAGGCUCCCAAGAUCUUCCUCCGCACGACAAGCUGGGGUACCCCGUACGUCUGCGUGCUUCUGUUCACGGCGUUCAUGUUCCUCAGCUUUAUGAGCUUGUCCAACGGUGCUCUGACCGUUUUCUGGUGGCUGGUGGACCUGACUGCGGCCGGCGUUCUGGUUUCUUGGUCGGCCAUCCUGUUGAACCAUAUCCGCCUCAAGACGGCUAUGAAGAAGCAGAACAUUCCGACGAGCAGGUUGCCCUGGAACAACUCUUGGACUAUCUACAGCUCCAGCUUUGCACUUUUCAUGUGCAUCAUCAUCCUCCUCACCAGUGGCUUUGAGGUUUUUACCAAGGGUAACUGGAGCGCCAGUGGCUUCGUCUCUUCCUACCUUGAUAUCCCCUUGGUUCUGGGUGCCUACCUCAUUUACAAGUUCGUCAAGAAGACCAAGGUCGUCUCCCUGGAUAGCAUCCCGCUCCAUGACGCCUUUGAGCAAGCCGAUGCGUUCCCCGAGGAGCCCGAGGAGAAAAAGACCGGUCCCAUUCGCUUUGUGAGCUGGAUCUGGGAGUAA